UUACGUGUCUCUUUCAUUCUGGUGAGAUGGCUUCAUAAGAUGUAGACACGAAAGCACACAAAGCGCAAAAAAUUCUAUAGUAGACCUUGGUGAUAGUAAAUGAUAGUUUUAAAAACACUGAGAUGACGUCAUGAUAUUUGUGCGGAAGUUCAGCCAUGAUUUUUGUUUUGGUUUACGUUGAAAUGAAGAGCUAAGGAAUUUUAUUUGCAAACUCUUCAAAACUCUUGAUCUAAGAAGCAAAAACUUCCAAGAUGUUUAGUACCGUCUCUGGUUGGUUUCGUGGCAUAAAAAGUGACGAUGAAACAGCGCCUGAGACAGUGUCUGAAGAACAAGGACAGUCCAAUAAAGAGAAGCCAAAUGAAACGACAUCGUCGCAAGCCAAAGCUGAAGAUGCUGCUUCAAAGGAGCCCAGUGGAGAGCCUGUGUCUGACCAAGGCUCUGAGAAAAAGGAAAGUCCUGAGCCAGCAAAAGAGGGGGUUGAUGACCCUGCUGCAGGCAUUCAGUUAGAUCUGAAUGAAGUCUCAGAAAAAGCCAUCCAUGCUGCCAAGGAAUGGGGAAGUUAUUUGUUCAGUGUGGGCAAAGUAGCAACAAAGACUGUUGCAUCUACAGCUGCCAGCACUGCUAAGCAAAUCAAACAUACUGUAGAAGAAAAGACUAUCCUUGGAGACUUUUCCAAAGAACAAGAACGUUUUGUAAAUGAGAAGAAAGAAAAGCAGAGGCUGUCUGAUGCUGCUGUACCUCCUUGGGUGGGUUAUAAUGAAGAAGAAGCAAUGAAGACCCAGAUCCUGGCUUUAUCUACUGACAAAAGGAAUUUUCUAAGAAAUCCUCCUACAGGAGUUCAGUUCAACUUUGAUUAUGAUAUGGUAUUUCCUGUUGCCAUGGCAACACUGCAAGAGGAUCCGAAUCUUCAAAAGAUGCGAUUUGAUUUAGUUCCUAAACAGAUGAAAGAAGAGAACUUCUGGAGAAACUACUUCUAUAGGGUAUCACUGAUAAAACAGUCCACUCAGUUGACCUCUCUGGCACAGCAGACUGGAUCUACUGGUGAAGGGUUAGCAGUCAAAUCAAGUGAUAGUUCAAGAAGAUCAUCUACUGACAGUGGGCAGAAAGAUGAUAAUUCAUCCACUGAAUAUGACAAAUUGUCUGAUGUCCAAGAUGCCUUUUCUGCCCAGAAUCAAGAUGGCCCCAGUAUUCUGCAAAAGGAAGGAGAGGAAGAUCUACCCAUGUCCAGUCCUACACAGGAAGCAGAGUUCAUUAGUGAUGCCUAUCAGACCGACCUGAAUGAGGACGACCUGAGGAAAGAGAUGGAGCAGAUGGGAUUCAAGGAAGACAAACAGACAGCUGAAGAGGAGCAUUUACCAGAGUGGGAGCGGGAAUUGCAGAGAGAAUUAAAUGAAUAUGAAGUUGUUGACGAUGGAAACAGUGACCUUGAUGAUGCAGAACUAGAAAAUGAAAUUUUAAAACAAAUUGAAGAAGAAGCUGACCAGUCUUAGUGGGAACAAAACUAGGCACCUUACACAGGCCUAACCAACUACCAGACUCGGCACCUAAGGAUCCUGAAUUAACCGGUUUAUCAGACCAC